AUCGCCGCGUCCAAUGGGCGCGCUGCGCACUCGGAUGUCGUCAGCGCGGCGUGGCGGGCGCGCGGACACGUGCGGCGGGAGCGAGCGCCGGGAGCUAACACCGGGGCUGAGCCGGCCCCGGCAUGGAGCUGCUGCCCCGGAGCGAGGACUUCGGCUCAGCACGGUACUGGGAUCGGUUCUUCCAGCAGCGCGGGCAGCGGCCCUUCGAGUGGUACGGGGCCUUCCCGGAGCUCUGCCCCGUCCUGUACAAGUAUGUCCGGCCCCGCGACAAGGUUCUGGUGGUGGGCUGUGGGAACUCAGAGCUGAGUGAGCAGAUGUACGACAUGGGGAUGUGCGAGGACAUCGUGAACAUCGACAUCAGUGAUGCUGUGAUCCGUCAGAUGCAAGAGCGGAGCGGGAGCAGAAGGCCAAAGAUGAGCUACGUGCUGAUGGACAUGCUUCAGAUGGACUUUCCUGACGCCCAGUUCCAGGUGGUCCUGGACAAAGGCACACUGGAUGCCAUCCUCACUGAUGAAGAAGAGGCCACGCUGGUCAAGGUGGACAGAAUGUUUGCUGAGAUCAGCCGGGUCCUGCAGGUAGGAGGGCGCUACCUCUGUGUCUCCCUGGCUCAAGCCCAUGUGCUAAAGAAAACAGUGGAAUACUUCUCCCAGGAAGGCUGGUUUGUGCGUGUCCAUCAGGUGGCCAGCAGUGGGGACAAGCAGCAGUUUGUUCUACCAGUCUUUGUCUAUGUCAUGACAAAGUUUAGGAAGAUUUCUGGCUCGGCACCGCAGAUCCUGGAGAUCUGCCCUGAGGAGCAGGACAAGCCGAUGCGGGUGGAGAGUGCGGAGCGGCUGGUGGCAGCGGUGAAGGACAGGCAGCAUUAUGCCCUGCUCUGCAACCAGCUGAGCAAAAUUCCCUGUGGGGAGCAGGUUUCCCUGGAUCUGUGUGACAAAGAGAGCGGGAAGCCUCGCUACACGCUGCAUGUGGUCGACAGCCCCUCAGUGAAAACUUCCCGGGACAAUCACUUCGCCAUCUUCAUCAUCCCGCAGGGCAGAGAAACAGAGUGGCUCUUUGGGAUGGAGGAAGGGCGGAGGCAGCUGGCCACCAGCGCGGGUUUCAGGCGCCUUGUCACCGUGUCCCUGCACAGGGAGCAGCACUACGAGGGCAUGGCGGGCAUCCAGGCAGAGCUGUCGGGGAAGGUGAUGGAGCUGGCCCCGCCGGGCCUCCCUGCCCGGCAGCAGGUGCCCUUUCUGUCCGUAGGAGGGGACAUUGGGGUGCGGACAGUGCAGCACCAUGACACCAGCCCCCUGAGUGGGGAGUAUGUCGUGGAGGAUGUGAAGGGGGACAGCAGCUGCUACUUCCGACGCCUCAUCUUCCUCCACAACAGGAAUGUGGUACAGUCGGAGGCUCGCCUUCUGGCCCCCAUGCCGCAUCCAGGCCAGAAGAAACGAAGGAGGGACAAGAAGAAACCCAGCCCUGCUGAGCUGCCCACAGCCAUCGACAAGAGCUACCUGUGCUGUGAGCACCACAAGGCCAUGGUUGCGGGGCUCUCCCUGCUGGGGGACCCUGACUCCCUCCCAGGAACCCCGCUGGCGGUGCUGGUGGUAGGCCUCGGCGGGGGCAGCCUGCCCCUCUUCAUCCAUGACUACUUCUCGCAGGCCCACGUGGCCGUGGUGGAGAUUGACCCCUCCAUGCUGGAGAACUGCGUUUCUAGGGAUUUUCUUCCACGAGGUUCUGGAAUUGUAACAAGACGACCAUUGGUCCUGCAACUCAUCACUGCUAAAACAGAGUAUGCUGAAUUUCUACACUGCAAAGGGAGGAAAUUUACUGAUUUUGAUGAAGUUCGUCAGGAAAUUGAAGUAGAAACAGAUAGAAUAACAGGAGUGAAUAAAGGCAUUUCUUCAAUUCCUAUUAAUUUAAGAAUAUAUUCUCCACAUGUAUUAAGCCUGACUCUUAUUGAUUUGCCGGGAAUCACUAAAGUGCCAGUAGGGGAUCAGCCUCCAGAUAUCGAGCAACAGAUCAGAGACAUGAUAAUGCAGUUCAUUUCUCGAGAAAACUGUCUAAUACUGGCUGUGACUCCAGCUAACACUGAUCUGGCCAACUCAGAUGCACUGAAGUUAGCUAAGGAAGUGGACCCUCAAGGUCUUAGGACUAUUGGUGUGAUCACAAAAUUGGAUCUGAUGGAUGAAGGAACAGACGCAAGAGAAAUUCUAGAAAACAAACUACUCCCUCUUCGUAGAGGUUAUAUUGGUGUUGUAAACAGAAGCCAGAAAGACAUUGAUGGGAAGAAGGACAUAAAGGCAGCUCUUCUAGCAGAAAGGAAGUUCUUUCUUUCCCAUCCAGCAUAUCGGCACAUGGCAGAUCGUAUGGGAACACCAUAUCUCCAAAAAGUUCUAAACCAGCAACUUACCAAUCAUAUUCGGGAUACCCUGCCAGCAUUCAGAAGCAAACUCCAGAGCCAGCUGCUUUCUAUAGAACAUGAAGUAGAAGUAUACAAAAACUUCAGACCAGAAGAUCCAACCAGAAAAACAAAAGCCCUGUUGCAGAUGGUACAACAGUUUUCAGUGGACUUUGAAAAAAGAAUUGAAGGAUCAGGUGAUCAGGUUGAUACGCUAGAACUUUCAGGAGGUGCCAAAAUCAAUCGUAUUUUCCAUGAACGUUUUCCUUUUGAACUAGUGAAGAUGGAAUUCAAUGAGAAGGAACUGCGGAGAGAAAUAAGUUAUGCAAUCAAGAACAUACAUGGUAUCAGAACAGGUUUGUUUACUCCAGAUAUGGCAUUUGAAGCCAUUGUUAAAAAACAGAUAGUUAAGCUGAAAGGACCUUGCUUAAAAAGUGUGGAUCUGGUGAUGCAAGAGUUAAUCAACACUGUCAAGAAAUGCACUAAAAAGUUGGCAACAUAUCCAAGGCUGUGUGAGGAAACAGAAAGAAUUGUUGCCGGCUACAUUCGUGAAAGAGAAGAGAAGACCAAGGAUCAGGUGCUGCUGCUGAUUGAUAUCCAGGUUUCUUACAUCAACACUAACCAUGAAGACUUCAUUGGCUUUGCAAAUGCCCAACAAAGAAGCAGUCAGGUUAACAAAAGUACAGUGGGAAAUCAGUUUCUUUUUAAGCCACAGGUAAUCCGCAAAGGCUGGCUGACCAUCAACAAUAUUGGCAUCAUGAAAGGAGGAUCCAAGGAAUACUGGUUCGUUUUAACUGCAGAAAGCUUGUCCUGGUAUAAAGAUGAUGAGGAAAAGGAGAAAAAGUAUAUGCUUCCUUUGGACAACUUGAAAGUGCGAGAUGUUGAAAAGAGUUUCAUGUCUAGCAAACAUAUCUUUGCAUUGUUUAACACGGAGCAGAGGAAUGUUUACAAGGAUUAUCGUUUCCUUGAGCUAGCCUGUGACUCCCAAGAGGAGGUGGAUAGCUGGAAGGCAUCUCUGCUACGAGCUGGUGUCUAUCCUGAUAAAUCCUCAGGGAACAACAGAACUGAAAAUGAUGAGAAUGGGCAAGCAGACAAUUUUUCAAUGGACCCCCAGCUGGAGAGACAAGUGGAGACAAUUCGAAAUCUUGUGGACUCUUAUAUGUCUAUAAUCAACAAAUGUAUCCGAGAUUUGAUACCAAAAACAAUCAUGCAUCUUAUGAUUAAUAAUGUAAAAGAAUUUAUCAACGCAGAGCUCCUGGCUCACUUGUAUUCUUCUGAGGACCAAAACACUCUAAUGGAGGAGUCGGCUGAACAGGCACAGAGGCGAGAUGAAAUGCUCCGCAUGUACCAAGCACUAAAGGAAGCCCUAGCAAUCAUUGGUGAUAUUAGCACUAGCACUGUCUCAACCCCUGCACCCCCUCCUGUAGAUGACUCCUGGCUUCAGCAGGCCCGCAGAUCACCUCCUCCAAGCCCCUCAACUCAGAGGAGGCCUACAUUAAACAAUCCCCCAACCAGACCUUUAUCUGGCCGAGGACCUGCUCCUGCAAUCCCAUCUCCAGGCCCUCAGUCGGGGGCUCCUCCGGUCCCAUUCCGCCCAGGACCACUGCCUCCGUUUCCAAGUGGUGGUGAAGCCCUUGGAGGACCUCCCCAGGUUCCCUCUCGGCCAACUCGGGCUCCUCCCAGCGUCCCAAGUCGAAGACCACCCCCUUCACCUACUCGGCCCACUGUAAUUCGUCCAUUAGAUUCAUCCCUGUUAGACUAAAAGAAGUUUCUGGCAUGUCAUUCAUUGUUAACCAAAUAUGUGGAAACAAAUUGCUUGAUAACUGUUGCAAUAACCACUGUAUAGUCGCAUGUAUGGACAUCUAUAGGCAAGUAACCAAUUUUACUGAUAUACUCUCUGUCCAUUCUGCAUUGUUUAUGAAGUCUUAAAUGUUUUGGGAAGGUCUGUGAUGCCUUGACUUUUCCUUUUGCAAGAGCUGAUGUUAGCUAACUUACUGACACAUUAUCUUCACCCAGGAAACUGUACUCACAGUCCUGUACAGCAAAUGGAGGGCUUGACUUUGUGUGUGUUUGUGCACGUGUUGAUUUGAUCUGCUUCUUUUUUUCCCCUCUUAUCUGAAAGGGAUCUUGCUUAUAUUUGUACCUUUCAGGUUUUCUAUCGUUUGGAAUUACACAGUUAUGCCAAUUUUCUAUUUUAAUGGUCAAACUGGGUAAAGAAAAGCAAUGUGGUUUCUUACCAAGCUCUUCUGAAGGCCCUGCACUUCCAUGGCUCUCUUGCAAGAAGCUUGCUGGAUGGCUGCUUCUCCUAUAAUUUCUCUUUAUCCAAAGUCUAUUUUUUAAGGAAUGUUGUUAAACAAGAAGGGUGUGUAUGGGACAAUGCGUGUUUUACUUUAUUUCCAUGUUGGCAGCUGACAUGUGAAGCUGGUUGAGUGGUUGGUAAGGAGCAGGCUGUGGUGUCCCAGCUUGCAGGGCUCAGUGGGGAGCCGUCUCACCCUGCAGCAAGGAUGUGAAAGGGUGGUUUGAAGAGCCAUUACAUGACAGAGCAGUGUGUGCCAGCUCACUUUGUCCUCUAUUAGUGAGGACUAUUACUACUUACAUUCAUACUCCCACUGAACUUGUGGGAAGCCUUGGGGGUGUGUGAGUGCAUGUAAUAUGUACUGCGCAGCAGGAUCCAGAGAACUGAGUGUUGCUUUUGGUCAUUUUGUGAAGCAGAAGGAGAUAUAGAUAUAUGCACAGCUGUAAAUGGGCUACUGCUCCUCUGCCCACUGUGUGAGCCAAUUCACAGAGCUAUGGUCUAAAUUUGCAUCCGAGCUUUCCAAGAGUCCGAUUUGGAUUUGAGAUACUUGCUCACACCAGUUGAUGAAGUUCCACUAUAUCUUAUAUAAAGAUUUUGUCUUUGCAUCACUUGAAGUACUGCACACCUCGGAUUAGGGUUGCUUUAUCCAGCUAGGUACUGAGAAGCGCUCAGCUGUGCAUCCUGGCAAUGGAUUAUUUUAGCAGAUGUUCACUUGCAGAGGUCCUCUCUGCCUGUUGUUUUGCAUGUUAUGUAUUAAUGCGUUAUAUAAACCUUUUGUCUCAACUGCAUUACUUCACUUUAAAAGCUUAGGGUCAGUGUCACCCUUACAGUUUAAAAUUUACUGAAUUAACGGAAUUAAACUGGAGAUUAAUUUGGCCUUGUUUGUUAAAUAUUAAUUGCUGUUAUUACAAUUAUGGUUACAGAUCCCUAGGCAAAGCAGUUGGUGGUUUCAAAGGUCCACAGUAUAAUUUGUCUAAUAAAUUUAUUUAUUGAGACUGCAUGGAGGGCUUCAGUAUGCUGUAGCCCCCUGGUUAGCAAGAAUCCAAUCAAAGAGCCACAGCAAAUGGGGAUUUAGCCUAUUAAGUAUUCCCAGACUGCUGAUCAGUUGUGCUCACCACUGAAGCAAAUCAUGUUUCAGCUUGCACAAGAGACACGAGCUUGGGAAAGCAUCAUGAUUUGUAUGUUAGCUUGACUUUAAUUUCCUGUCAACCUCAUACUCGUGACACAUGCCUGGGGAGUCUAGAGGUCAACUCUGAAGCACAGUGAAGAUGGAGUUUGUCAGAGCACUGGCAUCUUGGUGAUCUUAGAGGACUGCUUAAGCGGCCGGUGUUUGUUUGAAGAACAGACCAAGAUCUCCAACACUAAGUGCACAGAAUCAGCUUUCAAGGAAAAAAAAGAUUCCAAACCCAACUAUUGAUUUUUACUCCAAAAAAGAAAACAUAUUUUGAUUAUUUUUCUUGUGUUCAAGACAGUUUUCCACUGUGUAGCACACUCUGCUGUAACGUGCAAUGCAUCUAUUAGAUGUAUUUUUAUAAGUAGCUGUGGUAGUCCAUGCUGUUGCUGAGCCAGCAAGCCUGUAUAUACUUUAUCAGAACUCUCUGUUACUGACUGGCAGCUGCCUGCUGAUGGAAAGCCAGGCUUAGCACCUCAGCCACAGAAAGUCACUUCAACCCCAAAAUUUUAUAUUCAUUCAGUGAUACUGCAAGGCCAUGGUCUGGGUUUAUCCCAUCAUACCCCAAGUACUUGACUUAGUUGUCCAAGGUCCCCUUUGUUCAGUGGAACUAGGCAGCACCUCCAGAAGGUGAUUCAGACUGGUGUGGCCACAUGGGAGAUGAGGGUGGUAAUGUCGGUGAGUUAGGAGCCUCAAUUAGAUGACAUAGAUCCUGGCCUAAAAACAUGUUUUUAAAUCCUCUGUGCUUGAGACUCCUUAAUUUACUGUAAUGACUGUUUCUGUCAAGCAUAAGGAAGUAGGUAACAAUUCAGCACUGUCUUUAACUUGCCCCCCCAAGAAAUGGUAUUUCUCAUCAGUAAUCCUGAAUUGUAAAUAAAGCCCUCAAGGAUGGAUUUAUCCAAAAUAGGAGGAGGAAGAGGCAGCGAGGCACCUGUGGCACCACUGUCAGCACUGUCCGUUUCUGCACCCAGUGUUGAGGUGGUGGGACACAGCUGCACAGCCCUCCCUCUGCAUCCUCAUUGACAUCACAUCUAAGUGUGGUCCUGUAUCCUAAAUGCAAUACUCUUAGUUGUGCAGGUUAAUAAGUAACCUUGAGUAUAGAUCUGGAGUUUGAUGAUUUUAUGUCUAUCUUCUUGCACAUAUGCUUCUCAGAAUAAACUGCAUAGAACUGUUGUUUCUAGGAAGAACGUUAAGGGCUUCCCAAGAAAUUUCCACAUCUAAUUGAGUAAGUACUGUCCUCCAACCUUGGCCUGUUUCCUCCUGCCAUACAGCGCCUGGAAUGGGUUGGUUUGUCCCACUCGCUCCUGAUGCUCGUGUCUCUCCCAUCCCUUGGUCUCAGAGGAGCAGCCUUGGCAGCAACUCACUCUAUGCCUGAAGGAGAGCAGGAUGGGCACCCCGUGGAUCUGCUAAAGGGAAUGGCCCCUUCAGACUGGCCACUGCCCCCUCUGCAGACCCCCUUAGACAGGGUGAGCUAAGCCUCAACUCCCAUGUCUGAGAAGCACGGGUUGCGCUCUCUUAAUUUGAUUUCCCUUGGCAAAGCCUAGAAAAUUGCCAGGGAGUAGUGGAGACUCCCAUUAAGCAACAGCAGGGUUUCUGAUCUUAUGCGAGGUGGUAGCUAAGUUUUAGGAGGGUGCUCAUCUAGUAUUGCAUUUAGGCUAAACCUGAGUCUCUGCCUAGAGAACAUGUUCCACCUCACCUCAUCAUGGCUGACCAACGGCUGAAGAGCUCGUGCAUGCCAUAACUAGCUCUCGGCCUUUAAUCUCAUGGGAUCUUGUGUUAGGAUUAAAAAUAUGAUAUGCUCAAUGAAAAGGCUUAUGUACAUAGUUAAUUGUGUUUAUUUUAUUGCUGAUCUCACUGUACUUUCUGAGUAAGCCUCAUAAAAGUAGAAUAUUAUAUUAAAUGAGGUACAGUAUAAGUUCUGGCAUUUCGUGUUAAAGCAUGACAUAGAAAAUACUAGACUCUCUAUUGCAGACAGCUACACUAAACAACAUGUAUACAGCAUAUUGAGAUUACUAGCUAGUUCUGUCUGUCUUAAAAUAGUCUAAACGUCCUGAAUUGAAAACAGACCUAUUUUGCACCUGUGACACUGGGGAGGCAUCCAACCUCUUGGUGUGCUUAUGGCACAGUGCCUCCCGCUGUGGAAUUGAUCCUCUUCCCUGGACUCUCUUGUGUAAAUGAAUGUUACUCUGCCUGUCUUUCCUCUUGCUUUGUCUGCAGGCGAGCUGAUACCGAUGGCUCCUCCCGUCCAGACAGUCCUCCACUCUUGCUUGAUAUAUGAUUUGUCCCAUCUUGCCAGCCGUUUGCUUUACUGCCUGUCUCUUUACUUUUCCAGGAUGGUGUAAACGACUUCUUUUUGUAAGAAGCAGAUGCUUAAUUUCUUUCUGAAUUUUGCUCUGUAUGUUAAUGCCCUACUUCAUAUGAACCAAAACAUCCGCCUUCGGUUUCAUAACCUGUAAAUGGUUCCUGGUAUUGACCUUUGAGCAAGUGAGUCGAUUCCCGAAACCAUGGUCAUUACUGAGCCUCGCAUACACUUGCUGUAAAAAUGUUAUGCUGCAUUUCUGAACCUGAAAUAAACUGUAACUCUUGAUGGGCUUUUAUUAUCACUUUCUGGAUGUGCAUGAGUGGUCUUCUGUCUCCCACACCGUCAUCUUGGCAUGCCACACUCCGCCUCUGUUGGGACUGCAGUGAGGAUUUAUCGGGGAUGUGUGUUGCACUGAGAUCACUGGAGAUGUCAUUAAAAGUGGAGAUGGGGGAGUUGUAACCCAUGGGAAGCAUUCAGCUUCCCUGCAAGGGGCUCGGAGGGCUGCAGGGAUGUUUUGCUGGGAAAUGGAUGAAUGUUUUUCAAGCAGUACCUGGUAUUCAUUUCAUUGCUGGGGAAAGCAUGUUUUGGGGAGAUUCAGAGCUGAGCAGGAGGCCAGACUGAGUCUUCCAGUGCAGGAGCUGGAGUGAAAAUGUGCAUGUGUCUGCAUUAUGUCUGGAAGGCAUUUCCCCCUAAAAUGGUUGUGUACGAAUGUGCGUAUGUCUUGAUUACUCAGUUCCUCCUUCAGAUCAGCAUGAGCCAAGUAACAGGAAUCGGUGCCUGGAGGAGAUGGUCUGUAUGGCACAAGAAGCACAACAGCUUCCUACCAGAAAGGACGUUUCUCACUGAGCGCGACAGUCAUUACGUUGGUUUUGGGAAAGGGAGGAGCAAAAGGUGGGAUGAGCAAAGUAGCAAUAUCCCUGUUGUAUUCACUUGCUUACUGUAACAUUUGGAGAUUAUUUUUUUUUUAAUAGUCUUUAAUGGCUAUGCCUGGGGCAGUCUGUGCACUCCCCCUCAGUGAACAGCAGUGACACAUGUUCCCAUCUGGCUGGAGUACAUUACAUAGCCCUGUAUAAGUGUGGUUCCUGGCAUCUUGGUCAGCGACACGUCAGUGCUCUAUGCUGGGUAACAGGAGGAGCAUCUGCUCUUCUCUCACUGCUGCACUGGGCCAUCAACUGCUAGGGUUGGCAGUAGACUCAUUGCACUGCCAUCACCCAUGGUUUUAACCUUCCCAGCAGUGUCCACUCCAGAUAUUCCAGCCCACAAGCUAGCUUCUUUAAUCAUUCUCGAUUUCAUCAGAAUCCCACUUAAAAAAAUGUCUACUCCAAGAACAGUGUUUGCAGCAGAUAGUGGUGCAAGUUCUAAGGUUGGUGGGGAAAAGCUCUUCCAGAGGAUAUUAUCUGCUGCAAGAAAAUUAGAAAGCCUGUGACCAGCAACCUCCACGCUUAUGAUGUGACUGUCCUAGUUCUCUGGCAUCAGCAAAGUCAGAUGGGAAGCGGUGAGGAUGAAAGCUGAGGCUGUGCUGAUAGCCAGCUGAUUCUAAUCUUGCUCUUGCUCUUUUCCUUAAUGUGCAUGUUAUGUGCCUUUUUCUCUUAACCCAUUUUAUUAAGAUAAUUUUGUAUAUGAGUCAUUUUAUUGUAUCCUGACCUUUUGGUUUAGAUCUUCCACCCUUGCCCAUGAAUUUUGGGUUAUUUUUUGUCUUUUUCCUAGGCGACCUCCACCAGCUGUUCCAGGAAGAUCGUCCUAACGCAUUUUUGUUACAUGAAAUGUCUCUUUUUUUUUUUUUGGUUCAAAAUUAUCUUUAAUUUGCACUAGCCUAUUUGUAAAUGAAAGAUUUUAUUUUCAGAUGUCAGUGAUAAGCCUGGUUAUAAAGAAAAUUAAAAUUCUGACUACAAAA